AGUACAUUCGAUAGAGCAGUCAUGGUUGAUGAGCAUAUGCAUCGUUCUUCUCGAGCUGUGUAUAUCCAAAACCAAUCUAUGGGUGUGGACAGAGCAAAUGCGUCUGAGGUCAGGCAGGAUACUAUAUCAGUAGCUCCUGUUUGCACAGAGCUCCCUCUGGAGCUUGCUGAGACCAGCUCAUGUGUUUUACAGCCAUAUAUAAAUGCUGUCCACAAAAAGUCGAUCCCAUUUCACCAGUCACCAAUACCUAUAGUUUCAUUGCCUCUCUCUGCUCAGGAAGUACAGUUUUCAAGGCAACCAAUGCCUGAGAAUCCUCUGGGACUUACUAACCCUUCAAUCGAGGAUUUGCCUCUGCCACAAUCAAGAAGUGUACAAAUGGGCGGUCAUGAUUCACUUAGUCAGGAGCCCAGCAGCAGAGCAAAUGUGCAGGAUUAUAGAAGCAUGGUUAAUGAUGUAGGAUCUGUCGAAUCUACUCUUCUUGCUAACCAUGUGAUGCCCGAGAUUCAUCACCUUGCUUGGUCUGACCCACUUCAUAUAGAAAUGGAAAGAAUAAGAAAGGAUGAUGAGCAAGAUUGCGAGAUGCAUGAACAGAUAAUAUUGCAUAUCAAAUCUGAACGAGAUAGAGAAAUAGAAGAGGUACACAAGAAGUAUGACAUGUUAUUGCUGGAUGCUGAGAGAGCAUUACUGCACAAGAGAAAGGAUCAUGGAACAAAAUUUGAAAAAGUUUAUGCGAGUAAGUUUCUGGCUGAGCCUUUGAUGCUGAAGCAAAGUAAUCUUAAUGCAGCUGAGACGGCAGAUUCAAGAGCAGGUAUAUAAAAAUGGGAAUUCAUUUUUUUUUUCCCAGUUCCUUCUAUUUUGAGGACCAUUUGAU